AUGCAAGGUCAAAAGAAUACGAUUACACCGCCUGAUGGUGGAUGGGGUUGGAUUAUAGUAUUUGGAUCUUUUAUGAUUCAUGUUAUCAAUGAUGGAAUUACAUAUUCUUUUGGUAUGUUAUAUGAAGAUUUUUUGAAAUAUUUCAACUCUCAUAAAUCGGAAACCGCUUGGAUUUUAUCGAUUUUAUAUGGAAUGACGUAUUGUUCCGGACCGAUCGCUGGAAUUUUAGUUAAUAAAUAUGGAUGUAGAGCAGUUACACUCGGGGGAACAAUUCUAGCAGCUUUUUCGUUCUUUGUAAGUUUUUGGGCGAAUAGUAUAAUCGCACUUUGUGUUACUCUCGGGUUUGGAGGUGGAUUAGGAUUUGGGUUAGUUUAUUUACCGGCCAUCGUCUCAGUUACGGUGUACUUCGAAAAGAAGCGAUCUUUAGCCACUGGAAUUGCUGUUUGCGGAUCUGGAAUAGGAACGUUUAUAUUUCCGACUAUUAUUUAUUGUUUUAUGGAAUUAUAUAGUUGGCAAGGUGUUAUGAUUGUUUUAUCUGGAAUCGUUUUGCAAUGUAUCGUUUUCGGAACGUUGUUUAGACCAUUAAAAAAUGAAAAAUUAAAAAAGAAAUUAUUUGACGUAACACUUUUUAAGGAUGUAACUUUUAUCCUUUUUGUUAUCAGUAAUGUUUUAACGAGUAUUGGAUUUAAUGUUCCUUUUAUUUAUAUCGUCCCAAGAGCUUUAUCUUUGGAUAUACCUCUUUCUCACGCCAGUUUACUCUUGGCAAUAAUAGGAAUAGCAAACACGCUAGGAAGAAUUAUCCUUGGUUACAUAUCGGAUAAACCUUGGAUUAACAGAUUGUGGGUUUACAAUUCCUGUCUUACAAUUUGUGGGUUUGCAACUGCUUUGAGUGUAUUUGCAACCGAUUUUUAUUCCCUUCUCGUGUACGCUUUAAUUUUCGGACUGACCGUGGGCGCUUACGUCGGAUUAACAUCCGUUAUUUUAGUCGAUUUGCUCGGAGUUGACAAGAUAACGAAUGCUUUCGGAAUAUUGUUAUUUUUUCAAGGAAUCGCUUCAUUUAUCGGUCCACCCAUAGGUGGUAUGUUUUACGAUAUAUUAGAAUCAUUCGAUCCGGGAUUUUUUAUGGCCGGUAUUGCGAUUGCUUUAAGCGGUUUAAUGCUAUUCUUUUUACCGAUUAUAAAACGUCUAAAUAUCAGGAAAACUAUUAAACUUAGACAUAUGACAUACUUAUCAUUAAUUAACAAAAAGUACACUUCAACAUUAAAAUCUCGUUUGUAA